AUGGCGACAACGUCUGCCACGUGCCACUGGCACCAUGAAUCUGCUCCUGGUCCUCAUCCUGCUGGCCCUGUGCCGGCCCACGCAGGGUACCUGGGACAACUGUGGCGCGUUGUGGGGGGCACAGACGCCCGUCCAGGGGCCUGGCCAUGGAUGGUCAGCAUCCAGCAAACCUGGUACACCGACUGGACUCAUGUGUGCGGAGGGUCCCUCAUCAGCGCCCAGUGGGUCCUGACUGCAGCCCACUGCUUCCUCGAACUCAGGCCCGAACUCCUCUGGCGUGUGGUGAUCGGGGCCAACCGGCUGGCUCAGAUGGGCCCGGAGGUCCAGGUGCGCCACAUCCAGCGGCUCGUGAUCCACGAGCACUAUAACAACAUCUCGCAGCUGAACGACAUUGCCUUGCUGGAGUUGGAUCACCCAGUCCAGUGCAGCUACUAUGUACAGCUGGCCUGUGUGCCCGACGCCUCACUGAGGGUGUCGGAGCUGAAAAACUGCUACGUCAGUGGUUGGGGCUCCACGAAUGCAAGAAGUUCCCGACAACCUGAUGUCCUGCAGGAGGCCCCCGUCCACCUCCUGGACACCCACCUCUGUAACAGCAGCCGGUGGUACGCAGGGGCCGUCCACAGCAACAACCUGUGUGCUGGCUAUGCCUACGGGCUCAUCGACACCUGCCAGGUAGGAGGGUGCCCCCAGCCUGGCCCCAGCAGCACAGGAGCCCUCUCACUGCUGCCACGCACACCCCGGCACGGGCUCUGAUGGGCCAGUCGCCCUCCUGUCGCCGCUGGCUCC